AUGAUUUUCAUUCUGGUUUAUGUCGACGACAUUUUAGUUACUGGUCCAAACUCUGCUGCCUGUAACCAUGUUAUUCAGCAACUGAGUUCCCUGUUUCCUAUCAAGGAUUUGGGUCCGCUGCACUACUUUCUUGGUCUUGAAGUCAAAAGAUCUUCUGCUGGUAUCUUUCUAUCUCAGACUAAAUACAUAUUGGAUUUGUUAUCCAAGGCCAACAUGACUGGCGCCAAACCUUGCAGUACUCCUCUCAGCACCUCCAAACUUGAUCAUGAUUCUCCCUUAUGUGACAAUGCUUCUGAGUAUCGUUCCCUGGUUGGUGCUCUGCAAUAUCUCACCUGGAUCUCAGUUUUGCAGUUAAUUAAUCUUGUAUGCCAAUAUAUGCACACUCCCAAACUUUCCCAUCUUCAGGCUGUAAAGCGUAUUCUAAGAUACCUAAAGGGAUCUCUUGAUAUUGGUCUCUGGUUCUCCAAGUGUUCCACUCCUCCUACUCUCACUGCCUUCUCGGACGCUGAUUGGGCUGGCUGUGCUCUUGACCGCCGGUCCACUGGAGGUUACUGUGUCUAUUUUGGUAACUCUUUGAUUAGCUGGAGUGCUAAGAAGCAACCGACUGUUGCUCGCUCUUCCACCGAAGCAGAGUACCGCUCUCUUGCUAAUACUGCAUCUGAAAUCACCUGGCUCUGUCAAUUACUAUCGAAUAUUGGCUACUGCUUACCUACCACUCCUCAUCUUUGGUGUGACAAUAUUUCCGCUAUAUCUCUAGCUAAAAAUCCUGUCUUUCAUGCUCGGACAAAGCAUGUAGAAAUCGACUAUCAUUACAUUCGGGAAAAGGUCCUUGCUAAGCAGAUCUCUGUCCAUUUUGUCUGCACUCAAGACCAAGUAGCCGAUAUCUGCACCAAGUCUCUGUCCAAGCUUCGUUUCCUCUUCCUUCGUGACAAACUUCAACUUCGACAACCUAAGUUCAGUUUGCGGGGGGAUAUAAAGGGUAAUAUUGUAAAUGUAUCUUCUUAG